CGCCAACACAGCACUUCGUCUCUGGUCGCUCCCCAGUCCAUCGCACUCACCAUGGACAUCCUUCAGAAAUCCGUCAUCCAGCCUCUCCAGCCGCUGCUGCGGCCCGUCGCGUCCUCUCUUCCCGAGCCCGUUCACGAUGUUAUUGUUUCGCUGAUCGGAUCGUCGUGCCAUAACGCCUUGGUCGUGGAUCUCGAUGUCACCAAGGAUUCUGCCUGUACUUCUCUCGCUAUCUCCAAGGCUCUGGGAGUGGCCAUCGUUGGCGCCAGUGCUAUCGUGAAGGUCCCCCAAAUCUUGAAGUUGAUCAGCUCUCGUUCUUCGGCCGGUGUGUCGUUUGUGUCGUACGCUCUGGAAACUGCCAGUCUGUUGAUCACACUCUCCUACGGCGUGCGCAACCAGUUCCCCUUCAGCACAUACGGAGAGUCGUCCUUGAUCGCUAUUCAGGAUGUGGUAGUGGGCGUUUUGGUUCUGAGCUUUGCCGGUCGACCAACUGCUGCCGCGGCUUUUGUUGCUGUUGUCGCUGCCAGUGUGUACACGUUGCUCUUCGACCAGACCUUGGUGGAUGCGCAGACCAUGGCAUACCUGCAGGCUGGUGCUGGAGCUUUGAGCCUGGCCAGCAAGGCACCCCAGAUCUACACUAUUUGGAGUGAGGGAGGCACCGGACAGUUGAGCGCAUUCGCGGUCUUUAACUACCUCGCCGGUUCUCUGUCCCGAAUCUUCACCACCUUGCAGGAGGUCGACGACAAGCUCAUCCUCUACAGCUUCGUUGCUGGGUUCAGUUUGAACGUGAUCCUGGCAGCACAGAUGCUGUACUACUGGAACAGCCCUGCGAAGCCCAAGCAGGCCAAACAGGUCGAGCGCACUUCCAGACCAGUGGAGAAGACACCUGUCGCAGAGAGCUCCGGUGUAUCUCCCAAGCCUUCUGGAAAGACACCCACCACCCGCCGACGGGGUUAGAUUACAUUUCUUGCCUAUCUUUUUC